AUGGGUUUCGAGAAGGGCGAUGCUAAGAAGGGUGCCAACCUUUUCAAGACGCGUUGCGCGCAGUGCCACACCCUGAAGGAGGGUGAGGGUAACAAGAUUGGCCCUGAGCUUCACGGUCUUUUCGGCCGCAAGUCCGGUCACGUCGCUGGUUUCUCAUACACCGACGCCAACAAGCAGAAGGGCGUCACCUGGGAGGAGGGCACUCUGUUUGACUACCUCGAGAACCCCAAGAAGUUCAUCCCAGGCACCAAGAUGGCCUUUGGUGGUCUCAAGAAGCCCAAGGACCGUAACGAUCUUAUCACCUUCCUCCAGGAAGAGACCAAAUAA